AUGAGCAUUUCCUCGCCACCGACAACGCCUCGCUCUCGGACGGUGUCGAUUCCGCGACUGCCUGGGUCUCCGGCGACUCCGACUUACAACCCCAAUGUCCCCUCACCGCUCUCGGGAGCGUCUACUUCCACUCCCUUGUCGCCCAACCGAAGGGCUUCCCUCACACCUGCCUCUCCCCCACCAUCAGGCCAAAAGCCGCGAGCGCGUGACCUGCUCAGGAACUACUAUGGCCUUGGCGUAGGUGCGCCGCCUGUCCAGGCGCCAAGCAAGAGUCAGGACCCGAUGAACCUCGACUCCACUGCAUUCGAUGCCAAGUCGUACUACGAGCAACUAAUAACGACAUCGUCGCUGUCCGGCCUGAUUAAACGCGAGAACGAGCUGCUGACUGAAAUCCGACAACUUGAUAGCGAGCGCCAGUCACUCGUGUACAACCACCACCACGAACUGAUAGCAGCAAGCGAUACCAUUGCAGCUAUGAAGACACGCGCCGAGAGCCUUGAUGCAGACUUGGACCUUCUUAGAGUUGCGUUCGAUGAAAUAUCUCGGCUGGCUGCGGAGGUUAGCGGGGAGCACGCCCGAUAG